AUGAAUGCUCUUCGUUCUACAAAGCAAGCAUAUCAUUGGUUUGAAAACCAACAGACAAAAGAACUUUUAGAAGAAUUUCCUCAUAUGAUUGCUUCCCUCGGAAAACCGAGAGAAGAGAUUCCGUACGAAAAUCGCAAGAAUUUGGCUCCUGGUUUGAAAGGUUAUUAUGUUCAUAGACUUUUAGUAAACGCUGUAGCAAUGUGGGCUUCACCUCGUUAUGCUUGUUAUAUUUUCAUGAUGUUAGAUGAACUAUAUAAAGCAGAACGUGGAGAGAUGGAAAAGAAACUUCAAGCAAAAGAUGAAGUCAUUGAAUCCAAAGACAAAAGCAUACAGAAAAGAAUACCGCGUUCAGUACCAAAAGGAAAGGAAAAGAGUUAUAAGUAUAUGAUAUAUACUGAAGAGUUGGAGAAAGAAGAAGAUAAAGAUGUGGUUAUGUUGCAUUUAGUCAGAAGAAACAACAAGAGCUUUUAUGACUUAGCUAAAAUAUAUAAAUCUGACAGAAACUGGUUCUAUCGUGAAAACUUACCGAUUUCAAUGACACCGAAUGAGCAAAUAAAGGAAAUU